AUGCACAAGACGCAAAUGACCCACAAGACGCAAAAGACACAAAAGAGGCAAAAGAGGCAAAAGAGGCAAAAGAGGCAAGAGGCUAAAGACGCAAAAGAGGCAAAAGAAGCAAAAGGGACAGAAGACGCUACAGAUGCAAAAGAGGCAAAAGACGCAAGAGACGCAAAAGUCGCAAAAGACGCACCAGACGCACAAGACGCAAAAGCCGCAAAAGAGGCAAAAGACGCAAAAGAGGCAAAAGGCGCAGAAGACAGACGCAGAAGACGCAAAAGCCGCACAAGACGCACAUGACGCAAAAGCCGCAGAAGACGCAAAAGACGCAAAAGCCACAUGAGCCGCAAAAGCAGCAGAAGCCGCAGAAGACGCAAAAGACGCAAGCCACAGAAGCCGCAGAAGACGCAGAAAACGCAAAAGCCACAGAAGCCGCCGAAGAUGCAGAAAACGCAAGAGCCGCAGAAGCCACAAAAGAGAAGCCGCAAAAGCCACAGAAUACGCAAAAGACGCAAAAGAGGCAUAAAACGCAAAAGCCGCGAAAGUCGCAAAAGUGGCAGAAGACGCAGAAGCCGCAAAAGAGGUCUCUUGAAGACAUCAGAUAACGUGAUAAAUAUUUUUCGUCUGCGUAACAAGUGUCAAGUGACGCGGUCUCAGCGAUGCAGUUCUCUGAAAUCCUCCGAUGCCAAAGCACUUGAAGAUAUUAAAGACUAA